GCAAUUGCAGUCGGUUUGAUGGGUUGGGCGCUUAGUAGUUGCGUCGGAGAGUUUUCUCGUGUUGGGGAGAGAAAAUCAAUAGAUAUAUUCUGUAAAUUCCAACUCUCAUUUAUGGUUGUUCGUUAUUUUUUUAACGUACAGGACUUAACUGGCAGCUAUUGUCAGUGUAUAUAGUCUGGAGUUAACGGUUUUCGUCGGAGAAACUUUCGCAGAAGUGACAACGACCGAGAAGCAUCGUGUUUCAGGAUGGCCCAGUGGAACCAGUUACAGCAGCUGGAGACCAGGUAUCUGGAGCAACUCUACCACCUUUAUAGCGACAGCUUCCCUAUGGAGCUACGGCAGUUCCUUGCCCCGUGGAUUGAGAGUCAGGACUGGGCUUAUGCUGCCAACAAGGAAUCACAUGCCACACUGGUGUUCCACAACCUCCUCGGUGAAAUAGACCAGCAGUAUAGCCGUUUUCUGCAGGAGAAUAAUGUACUCUAUCAGCACAACCUACGCAGGAUUAAACAGCAUCUGCAAAGUAAAUAUUUGGAGAAACCGAUGGAAAUUGCACGCAUUGUUGCCCGCUGUUUGUGGGAGGAACAGAGACUGUUGCAGACUGCCACCUCUACUACACAGGAUGGCCAAGCAGCCCAUCCCACUGGAACAGUAGUGACAGAAAAGCAGCAGAUACUGGAGCACAACCUUCAGGACAUCAGAAAGCGCGUGCAGGAUAUGGAACAGAAGAUGAAAAUGCUUGAAAACCUCCAAGAUGAUUUUGACUUUAACUACAAAACCUUGAAAAGUCAAGGGGAGUUGUCCCAGGACCUCAAUGGAAACAGCCAGGCAGCUGCUACAAGACAGAAGAUGGCUCAGCUUGAGCAAAUGCUGAGUGCCCUGGACCAGCUCAGGAGGCAAAUCGUGACAGAAAUGGGAGGUCUUCUGACGGCUAUGGAUUAUGUGCAGAAGAAUCUAACUGAUGAGGAACUUGCAGAUUGGAAGAGAAGACAACAAAUUGCCUGCAUUGGAGGUCCACCUAACAUUUGCCUCGAUCGCCUUGAAACAUGGAUCACAUCCUUGGCUGAGUCCCAACUCCAGAUCCGUCAACAGAUUAAGAAACUGGAGGAGCUUCAACAGAAAGUGUCCUACAAGGGAGACCCCAUCAUUCAGCACCGGCCAGCUUUGGAGGAGAAGAUAGUGGACCUGUUCAGAAACCUCAUGAAGAGCGCCUUUGUGGUUGAAAGACAGCCUUGCAUGCCCAUGCAUCCGGACAGACCGCUGGUCAUCAAAACAGGAGUGCAGUUCACAACAAAAGUCAGGUUGCUUGUAAAGUUUCCUGAACUCAAUUACCAACUGAAGAUUAAAGUUUGCAUUGACAAGGAAUCUGGGGAUGUGGCUGCAAUUAGAGGGUCUCGAAAGUUUAAUAUUCUCGGCACAAACACAAAAGUCAUGAACAUGGAGGAAUCCAACAACGGCAGCCUUUCAGCAGAGUUUAAACACUUGACUCUGCGAGAACAGAGGUGUGGCAACGGCGGCCGGACCAACAGUGAUGCCUCUCUCAUUGUAACAGAGGAACUCCAUCUUAUCACGUUUGAGACGGAGGUCUAUCACCAGGGCCUUAAGAUAGAUCUAGAGACUCAUUCGCUGCCAGUGGUUGUUAUUUCAAACAUUUGCCAGAUGCCCAACGCCUGGGCUUCUAUCCUGUGGUACAACAUGUUAACUAAUCACCCAAAGAACGUGAACUUCUUCACCAAGCCUCCGGUGGGAACGUGGGACCAGGUGGCUGAGGUGUUGAGCUGGCAGUUCUCUUCAACCACUAAGAGAGGCCUGACCAUUGAGCAGCUGACCACGCUGGCUGAAAAACUACUUGGGCCUUGCGUAAACUAUUCCGGGUGCCAAAUAACAUGGGCCAAGUUCUGUAAGGAAAACAUGGCCGGAAAAGGUUUCUCCUUCUGGGUGUGGCUGGACAACAUCAUUGACCUGGUGAAGAAGUACAUCCUCGCCCUUUGGAAUGAAGGAUACAUCAUGGGUUUUAUCAGUAAGGAGAGAGAGAGAGCCAUUCUGAGUCCAAAGCCUCCUGGCACAUUUCUUCUGCGCUUCAGUGAGAGCAGCAAAGAGGGCGGCAUAACAUUUACGUGGGUAGAGAAAGACAUUGGAGGAAAGACCCAGAUCCAGUCCGUAGAGCCGUACACAAAGCAGCAGCUCAGCAGCAUGUCGUUUGCAGACAUCAUCAUGAGUUACAAGAUCAUGGAUGCCACCAAUAUCUUGGUCUCACCUCUUGUUUAUCUCUAUCCUGAUGUAACCAAAGAGGAGGCUUUCGGAAAAUACUGCAGGCCGGAGGCGGCUCAUGAGCCUGAGGCGGCAGGAGACUCGACGAGCACUAUCCAGCCAUACCUCAAGACUAAAUUUAUCUGUGUGACCCCGAAGAUGUACAUUGCAGAACUUGGAGCUGAACUGAAUCACUUCCUAAAGUGUCCCUCCGUGUUCAUGGACUUGCAAGACAGUGAGCUGCUUGGGAACGGAUUCCCAGGCACAAAUUCUGGAAACACCAGUGACCUGUUCCUCAUGUCGCCUCACACUCUGGAGUCUCUGAUGCCGCCUGAAGCUGAAGCUAAUCAAGGCCAUUUGGAUUCAAUUACUCUGAACAUGGAUGUAGCAUCUCCCAUGUGAAAGGAAAUAUCGUCCUCUUUGGGGUUUUUUUUCUCCCUUUUGUUGGGAUUUGACCUUAUGUGUGAGGAUUUACUAAUGAUGUCUUUCUCUGUACACACGGUUUUCCUGUAUAGUUUUUUUUUUUUCUGUUCCUGUGUAAAAUUACCCUCAUUCACAUUUAGGGGGGAAAAAACAGCUUUGUUUUUUUU